AUGCAAGCUCAGUCUACGAAGCACUUGACUCGGAUAAUUGUAGACGUAUUCAAAGGUACGUAGUGACCCUCGCUCUUCUAAUUACAGAAGAGUAAGAACUGAUUCAACCAUUAGUGGUAUGGCCCAACACAGGCGUGCGCACUCUUUACAGGCUCAAUAUACUGAAUCUGGACAUUUCAGUCGAUAACAUCGGCAUCACCGCCGACGGCACAGGCUGUUUGACGCUCUCCAACUGGCCUUGCUUCUUGGAUGAUCCGUUGUCCGAGCAAGACCGUCUUGAAGCAGUAGUAAGUGUAAUUUCUUAAGUAUGCCUUAUUUCUGCCUCUCCUGACUUUAUUUGUGCCGCAUGUGCAGGGCACACUGGCAACAAUGGCCCGGGCGAUCCUUCCGACACUGCCGAGAUCUUGCAACAAGCCUAGGAUCAAGCAGGAGGUUUGGCACGUUAUCGAACAAGUUGUCUUCACUGUUCUUUACAUCGUCGCAAGCCGUCCGUCAGGGCCAAUAAGCCCGCAACGAAUGUCACAAGAGGAUCAGAAGUUGUGGGCAUUAUGGGAUACAGAAGAUGCCGAAUUGCCCAUGUCGAAGGGUUACAUCUUUCGAAAACCACAACUGCUUGAAUCAAUCCUCAACCAGUACACCACAUUCUGGACCGAUCUCCCUAGAUUGGUUGCUGUUAUGGCGAAAUACUGUGGCUUAGGCCAAGUUAGCGACUGCCUGACAAUACGCGAGGAGGAAACAGUGAUGGGUGCUCAGUGGGGAGGCCGCGAUGGUGCCGCUCGUUUACUUGAUGCUGUGAUCGAUGAAUUACAGAUGCUGUUGGUCAUGUUGGUGCCACAAGAUACCUCAAAAAAAGCGUAG